AAAUAUGUCGCAGGAGAGUCUAGGUCAAAGCGGCUAAAUAAAUCCGAACAACAUUUGAGGUAUAAUCACAUGACCCUCAAAUUUACCGGUCGGUGUUGGAGUCUCCGAGAGAAUCCCUCCUCUUAGUCUUAGUGGGGCACAAAGCACUUUGAACAUGCGGCUGGGUCCGACAAUCUUCAACUUGACAUUUUCAAACAACUUCAAAUCAUACCAUCAAGCUCUUCUAUAAACUUUAUUGUAACAGCGCAAGCUGCACGAAAGGAUAUCGAAAGCCUAUCACUUAUCUAUUGAAAGAAGGAUAGGGUAUUAUUCCUAAAUCAAGCUGCAAAGAUGGCUGUCACCAUUGAAGAGCUUGACGCGACUGUCAAGACCUUCUAUGAAGGUCGCGGUGAGGCUGUGAGUAUAUACUAUCUAUUCAAAGGAACUAUUUACCUUAGGGCUUCUUUAUUGACGCGUUCGUGUUAUAGCAAAAAGCCGCACAGGCCGCAAUGAAUCAGGUACGACUUCUUUAUGCGCCGAAAAUCUUCUCUCGUUCAAUAUCGCCAUCGAUACUGAUAUGUAGUAUAGUUCAAGGAGGAUCCAGAUGCAUGGUUAUUAGUAGACAAGAUAUUACAAGAGUCUACAUAUCCUCAAGCCAAAUGUUGGUCAACGUCCUCCAGCACUCUACAUACUUUUCGCUGACAAAUUAUAAGAUUUGGGUUUGCAAGUGCUAGAUCAUGUUAUCAUGACAAGGUGGAAGGUUCUACCUAGAGAGCAGUGUCAAGGUACAUACAAGAUGUGUUCAUCCCAUCUGAAGGAUGUUAUACUGAUCUGUUCUAGGUAUUCGAAAUUUUGUCGUUGGUUUCAUUAUACAAUGUUCCGGAUCGGAAGAAUCUCUCAGGUCCCAGAGAGUCCUUUUAAACAAAUUGAACCUUGUCCUCGUUUCUAUCUUAAAGCAAGAAUGGCCUCAUAACUGGCCUACUUUUAUCAACGAGAUCAUAUCCUCCUGCCAUACCAGUUUGUCGAUAUGCGAGAAUAACAUGUCGAUUUUGAGAUUAUUAUCGGAGGAGGUCUUUGACUACUCGGCGGACCAAAUGACCUCUGCCAAGACGAAGAACUUAAAGACGACAAUGUGUGCAGAAUUUUCAUCUAUCUUUCAACUUUGCAAUGAAGUCCUGAAUAGCGCCACCCAAGAAAGUUUGAUCAAGGCUACUCUCGAGACACUUCUUCGAUUCUUCAACUGGAUUCCUCUCGGCUAUAUUUUCGAGACCACCGUUAUCGAUACUCUCAGGGAAAGAUUUUUGGAGAUGCCCGAAUUCAGAAAUGUCACAUUGAAGUGUUUGACAGAGAUUGGUGGACUCCAGACUGGCACCGGGAACAACUAUGACGAGAAGUUGGUUCAAAUGUUUACCGAAGUUUUGACCACAAUUUCCAAGAUCAUUCCCUUAACUCUCGACCUCAAGAGCACAUAUAAUUCAAGUAAUUCCAAGGACCAAGAAUUUAUCCAGAACCUGGCCCUUUUCUUGUGCAACUUCUUUUCCUCCCACUUGACCGUAAGCGUACCUUUCUUCUUCUCUUCCUAGAUGAAUCCUAACUUUCUCAAUAGCUCAUAGAGAAUCUGCCGAACCGCGAUUUCCUCACCCAUGGUCAUUUUUACCUUAUUCGAAUUUCCCAAAUUGAAGACCGAGAAAUCUUUAAGAUUUGUUUAGAAUACUGGACUAGACUUGUUCAAGAGUUGUACGAUGAACAACAGUCACUACCAAUUGGAGACGUUAACCCACUCGUUGGAAUGGGUGUAGGCGGUAUUUCAAAUCCUGGCGCGCCAAACCCAAGUUUACUCGCGAACUACCCUCUCCGGAAACACAAGUACAAUGAAGUGCUUUCAAACUUGCGAGUCGUCAUGAUUGAGAAAAUGGUCAGACCCGAGGAGGUUUUGAUUGUUGAGAACGAUGAGGGUGAAAUUGUUCGUGAAUUCGUCAAGGAGAGCGACACAAUUCAACUGUACAAGACAACCAGAGAGUGCUUGGUUUACCUUACCCAUUUGGAUGUAGUCGACACCGAAAACAUCAUGACCGAGAAGUUAUCUCGACAAGUUGAUGGUACCGAAUGGUCUUGGGCAAAUUGUAAUACUUUGUGCUGGGCUAUUGGAUCCAUCUCCCUUGCCAUGAACGAAGAGACUGAGAAACGUUUCUUAGUUACCGUCAUCAAAGAUUUACUCGGCUUAACUGAAAUGAAACGAGGAAAAGACAACAAAGCUGUGGUUGCCAGUAACAUCAUGUAUAUCGUUGGUCAAUAUCCGCGAUUUUUGAAGGCUCACUGGAAAUUCUUGAAGACGGUCGUUAACAAGUUAUUUGAGUUCAUGCACGAAUCCCACGAAGGUGUUCAAGACAUGGCUUGUGACACGUUCAUCAAGAUCGCUAGACAGUGCAAGCGUCACUUUGUUGCUUUACAACCUGGUGAAUCGGAACCAUUCAUUGAGGAAAUUGUAAGAACCAUGCGCAAGAUCACUUGUGAUCUAUCCCCACAGCAAGUACACACUUUCUACGAGGCAUGCGGUUAUAUGAUCGCGGCUCAACCACAGAAGAAUUCUCAAGAACGACUGAUUGGCGAACUGAUGUCAUAUCCGAACGCCGCUUGGGACGCCAUUAUUGCUCAAGCAAAUACUAAUCCUCAAAUUCUUCAAGAUGCUGAUACCAUCAAGGUCAUCGGUAAUGUUAUGAAAACUAACGUUUCUGCUUGCUCCUCGAUUGGAAGCUACUUCUAUCCUCAAAUUGGGCGCAUUUACCUUGAUAUGUUGUCUAUGUACAAGGCAACAAGCACAAUGAUUUCUGAAGCAGUUGCAAAUGAGGGUAGGGUCCCUCGUACCUUUUAUAUUCCGCAUUACUAAUUUGUAAUAGGCGAAAUUGCCACCAAAAUGCCUAGGGUGCGAGGUUUGAGAACUAUCAAGAAGGAAAUUCUCAAGCUCAUCGAAACAUUUGUUGAGAAGUCUGAUGAUCUUGAGAUGGUACGAAAUAAUAUCGUUCCAGCUCUUCUCGAAGCAGUCCUUGUCGACUACAACCGCAAUGUGCCAGGUGCCCGUGAUGCCGAAGUUCUCAAGGUCAUGUCUGUUAUUAUAACCAAGCUUUCUGUACGUUGGACCCCAUAUCGCUCGAAAUAUUCAGUGGUGCAUACCCUUUCUUUCUUUAAUCUCCUUGUUCUGGAGAUAUAUCCAGCAUUUACUAACGUCCAACACAGGGCCUCAUGGAAGACCAAGUGCCAAACAUCAUGUCAAAUGUUUUUGAAUGCACUUUGGAAAUGAUCAACAAGGAUUUCUCAGAAUUCCCUGAACAUCGUGUCGAGUUUUUCAGCCUACUCCGCGCAAUCAAUCUCCAUUGCUUCCCUGCACUCCUCAAACUUGACAACAGGCAAUUCAAAUUCGUCAUUGAUUCUUGCAUGUGGGCUAGCAAGCAUGACAACAGAGAGGUCGAGCAUGCUGGCCUUAAUAUGUGUUUGGAGUUAAUCACCAACAUCGCAGAAACGGAUCCUGCAACUUCUAGCGCCUUCUUCCAACAAUUCUUCGUUCCAAUUCUCCAAGAUGUGUUCUUUGUACUUACCGAUACUGAUCACAAAGCUGGUUUCAAGUCGCAAGCAACUUUGUUGGCAAGGAUGUUCUACUUUGUCUACCCAGCUGAUGGUACUGCACCAAAAAUCCAAAUGCCAAUCUUUGUUCAGGAUCAAGCUCCACCAGGAGCAAGUAACAAAGAUUUCCUCACAAACUUUGUGGCUACUUUGUUGCAGAAUGCAUUCCCCAAUCUUCAAGCGUAAGUCAAUCCCCUCUACCCUCCCUCCUAUCAAUUUACGUUGCUAAGCCAUUUUAGACCUCAGAUUCAAGCCUUCGUCGACGGUCUUUUCACACUCAACCAUUCCCUCGACCGAUUUAAACUUAACUUGAGAGACUUCUUGAUCUCAUUGAAGGAGUUCGCUGGAGACAACACGGAACUUUAUGCCGAUGAGAAAGAGACAGCUGAAAGAGAUGCCAAGGCCGCAGAACGUGAACGUCUAUCCAAGGUUGGAGGACUCAUCAAGCCUGCCGAACUUGAUGAUGAAGAUGAAUUGUGACUUGAUGAGGAGCUACGGAUCGACCAUGCACGACCAGAAAACCCACCCUCAGAUCAAGGACGCCGAAUCAUCUACAACGCCAAUAAACUUGAUGGUUGGGACGUUUAUGAUCUUUGAACUUUCCAUAUACAUCUGGCAGGACAAACUACUGUCCGAUCUGGAUAAUGAUAUUUUUCCUUACUUUUCGCUCAAUGAUAUCACAUACUCAGGAGCGAUUUCGCUACCUAAGUGGAGUUACUACGAAGGAUCAGAAUGAUAUUGUUUUCUGAAAAGUUAUUCUUCUGUUUAGAUUCAAUUCUCCGAUGAACAUCGUGAGGCGAUACACAAUAGGCAUUUGCGAAGCAAUUUUUCAUUUUCUCGAUACCUCUGAAUUUAUGAGACACACUGUAAAUGUGUCAGUGGUGGGGGAAGUUUGAGCAAUUUUAAGGAACUGGGUGAAUCGAAGUGGGA